UAGAAUCUUUUUAUUGGUUUAUUUUAUUAAUGUAUUUGUUUUCAUUUAUUUUUUAGCUAAUAAUAUUUGUUUUCAUUUAUCGGGAUUUUUAGGUAAUAUGUUGGUAUUAUGAUGACGUCAUACGGCUGCGCCGCGCUCCUGCGUUUGUGAUUUGGCUGAAGGGAGGUUUGUUUUGAAGUGCUUUAAUCGGCACAAACCGUUAAGGUCUGUUUAUAGUUUUUAACAAGCGGUGUAACGUAUUAUUAAACGUAUUGCGCUGCGGAGUCUCAGAGUAACGUUAAUAACGCUCAUCUCCACAGGAGUAACAGAAAGAGGAAACCUUCUGCUGACGCGACUGAUCUCCACACUAUUGUCAAGAUGGAGUAUAUUAAAGAGGAGAGUGAAGACCUGACGAUUGAAGAAACAGUCAAACAUGAAGAUCCUGAGGGACAAACAGACCUGAUGGCACUGAAAGAGGAGCGUCAAGAAAUGAAUAAAAUAGAAGAGAGGAAUCAGUAUGAAAAACGUGGAGAAAAAUCCACACAUACCCAAAACACUUGCUCACAAAACCCCCCCCGGAGCGCUGAAUCUAGCGGUUAUUAUAUCUGCGGUGAGUGUAACAAGUCCUUCGGUCUAAAACAAAACCUGGAAGUCCACAAGAGAACCCACACCGGAGAGAAACCGUUCUCCUGCCAACAGUGCGGGAAGAGCUUCUCUCAAAAACAGAACCUGAAAGUGCACAUGAGGGUUCACACCGGAGAGAAGCCCUUCAGCUGCCCGUUCUGCGGACAGAAUUUCACGCACAAAGGAAACCUCAAAACCCACGUGAGGAAUCACACCGGCGAGAGCGCCUUCAUCUGCAACCUGUGCGGGAACAGCUUCUCCAGGAAGGAGAGUCUGAACACUCACAUGAGGAUUCACUCCGGAGAGAAGCCGUUCGGCUGUGCUCAGUGCGGAAAGACGUUCAGAUGCAAAGUAAACCUGAAUUGCCACAUGAGGAUCCACUCACGGGAGAGCAGCUUCGUCUGUCAGCAGUGUGAACAGAGUUUCGGCGACAGCGAUGAACUCAGGAGUCACGUAAACACUCAUGUCGGAGAGAAGCCCUUCAUGUGCCUUCACUGCGGAAAGAGCUGCUCAAAUAAAGCCAUCCUGGAAGUCCACUGUCGGGUCCACACCGGAGAGAGACCCUUCGUCUGCCCUCAAUGCGGAAAGAGCUUCACGCUCAAGGGAAACCUGAACAUUCACAUCAGAGUUCACACCGGAGAGAAGCCGUUCACCUGUGUUCACUGCGAGAGGAGUUUCACCUACCACACAGACCUCAAACGCCAUUUGCAGAGUCCCUGUGAAAAGAACAUGCCAUGAGCCUCGUUCACACUCUAAUCAUCCUUAAAAUUACUGGACGACUUUACCGCCUGGGGAAUUAUAAAAUGCGCAACUCUGUUCUGUAGUUUUGCAGGAAAAGCUCCAUUGACACAUCGAUUCCAAAAUACUCUGACAUCAAUAACCAGAAAUGGUUUCUGACUGUUGAUUCUGGAAAAUGCGCACUUCUAGUUUUACUAGACCUGACUGUGGCGUUUGGGCGACGCAGUGGCGCAGUAGGUAGUGCUGCCGCCUCACAACAAGAAGGUCGCUGGUUCCAGCCUCGGCUGGGUCAGUUGGCAUUUCUGUGUGGAGUUUGCAUGUUCUUCCUGCGUUCGCGUGGGUUUCCCCCACAGUCCAAAGACAUGCGCUAUAGGUGAAUUGGGCUAAAUUGUCCGUAGUGUACGAGUGUGAAUUAGCGUGUAUGGAUGUUUUCCAGAAAUGGGUUGUGGGUGGAAGGCUCUUUGUAUUCAGGAGUUUCGCAGGCUUCAAUUGUACGCCUGCAGCUGGUUCAAAAUGCACCUGCUAGGCUUCUAACUGGGACAAAAAUGUUUCUAGGAUCUCACCAGUUCUAUCAUCUCUUCACUGGCUCCCAGUCCAAUUUAGGAUUGAAUACAAGUUAUCGCUACUUGUUUUGGUUUGAAUGGUCUAGCACAGGCAUGGGCAAACUCGAUCUUCGAGGGCCGGUGUCCCUGCAGAGUUUUGCUCCAACACUAACCAAACACACCUGAACACCCUAAUUAGUGUCUUCAAGAUCCCUAGAAAGCUACAAGCAGGUGUGUUUGAUUAGGGUUGGUGCAAAACUAUGCAGGGACACCGGCCCUCCAGGAUCGAGUUUGCCCAUCCCUGGUCUAGCACCUACUUACAUCAGUGAGCUUCUUCACUGGCACACUUCAUUAAGGCCAAUCAAGUUUCAGCUAGUUGUUCCCGAAUCACGGUUAAAAUCAAGAGGUGCCAGGGCUUUAUCUGUCACAGAUCCCCGUCUGUGGAAUGGUCUGCCUUUACUUAUCACAGGGGUCACCAAUCUCGGUCCUGGAGGGCCGGUGUCCCUGCGGGGUUUAGCUCCAGCUUGCCUCAACACACCUGCCUGGAUGUUUAAAGUAUACCUAGUAAGACCUUGAUUAGCUUGUUCAGGUGUGUUUGAUUAGGGUUGGAACUAAAAUCUGCAGGACACCGGCCCUCCAGGAACAAGUUUGGUGACCCCUGACUUAUCAGGUCAUGCUCUUCCCUUGGUGCUUUUAAGUCUCAUUUUAAAAAAAAUCACCUUCUGUCU